AUGCCAAUUUUUUCCAUGGACGGAAUGAUUCUUACUAGCAUUGCGUACUGGUUGAUCGGUCUUGCACCAACUCCUGGACGAUUCGUUCGUACCGUUAUUACUGGAGUACUCGUGGAGGCCAUGGUGGCAAGUCUAGGAGUUGCAGUCUGCUCGGUAUUUCGAUGUCCUAGCGCUCGAAAGGAAGAAAAGAAACUUCUGUACUUCCAGAUGUCUCCAUCAUACGCGGUCGCCGUCACAAUUACAGGUCCUCUUCUUACGAUCUAUUCGAUGACGGGUGGUCUCUUUACAAAUGUUGCAAUGCUUCCGGACUAUAUAAGAUGGGUGCAGUACUUAUCCUGGUUUCGCUUUGGCUACGAAGCGUUCAUUAUCAACGAGUGGACUUACGAGAAAUACAACAACAUAAGCUGUACAAUGACUAAUGGAAAACCGGCUGAAUCGUGCGAACAGUCCGGAGCAGAAGUGAUUGAGAACUUGAGCUUCCGUCCUGUCAACCUAUACUUCAACUGGUUCUGUAUGAUAUUGUACACCCUGGCUCACUACGCAGUUGGCUACAUCGCUCUUACUUUUCGCGUCCAGCGACAUAGAUGA